AUGUUCGCGGACGACAUCAAAAUGUAUUUUUCGUAUCGACCUAAUGAGCAAACUUUUGCCCACAACACGAUUUCGCUGGCAAUCCAGAGAAUGGUACCAUGGUCAAGAAAAUGGGAUCUACCUUUAAAUCUUUCCAAAACAGUAGCUUUGCAUUUUGGAGAGGCUCUUCAGCUCAAAUACCUCGACUUAUCCGGCAAUUUCAUCACUAAUAUUGAGCCCGGCUCUUUCGAAACACUGGAAAAAUUAGAAACGUUAAUUUUUGGUGAACAUAACUACAUUAAUGGUACAGUUCUCGACGCUAUUACAUCUCUCAAAUCACUUAAGACCCUCGAUCUUUCAAGGGCCGAUGGGAUUUUCGAGCCUCCUGUGGAGAUAUUUGACUCCAUGAAAGAGCUGGAAGUGCUUAAGCUGAGUGGAUGCAGUAUUUCUUCGCUCGAACCUGGCGCUUUCGCUUCGCUGAAGAAUUUGAAACAGAUAAUGGUAAAAAGGAAGAAGUUGAAAAACUCUGAACUGAAAAUGCAAGAGCUAAUUAUCAAGUCCAUUUAUUCGAAUGUGGAGAUGUUGUCUAUUGUAAUGUUCGUCCAAGCACUGUUACUAGAAUUUAUCAACGUUUCGAGAGUAGCUAUGCUUCUACUUUUACUUAGUGCUCUUACACUUCUGUUAGCUUCUGAAGAUCUCGUUUGUCAUCCGUUCCUAAGCGAAUUUUCGACGCUGCGUUCCAAUAAAACUGCGGAUCUUCAAUAUAUUGAAUUGGCUGUGACGAAGAGUGCCGAAGCACUAUGCAAGCUAUGA